ACUUUCGUCAGGGCUCUUUUUCCCAUUCUUGCCUUCUGCCUUCACCUAUGUGCGAUUAUUUAAUGGCGUCUUCUGAAAACUAAGUCUUACUAAACGGAAUAUCGCAUGGAACUUGGAAAUGAGGCGGUGUUUGCUGGCAUUGUUGCUAUUCUUAAAAGGUCUCCACACUCGUAACCUUCAAUUUCCACUCAGUACUUCGUGUACAGCUCCACAUCAAGCGCCGUGCCGAAUGUACUUUCCCAAAUGGAUGUACAAUAGAAGUACAAAGUACUGUGAGCUCGAAUCAUAUGGCGGCUGCUUUCACAUCGGAAGUUUUGACACCGAAGAACAGUGCAACGUCAAAUGCAGAGAAUUUGCUCAAGAUCCAUGUUUUCUGCCGCUCGUUCGGGGAACGACUUGUAAAGAUGGAACUCCUGGUGGUCAAGCAUUUUAUUUUAACAGGCAUAACAAACGAUGCGAAUCUUUUUACUACAACGGGUGUGCUGGAAAUGGCAACAACUUUCAAGAUGAAAAAGACUGCUGCAGGAUGUGUGUCCAUCAUAUAAAAAAUCCUUGGAAUAUGCCCAUCAGUGAUGGACAUGCAUGUCCACAUCGAAGAAAGGGUGGCUAUAUGGCCUACGGUUACAGCUGGAAGACUCAAAAAUGUCACCGGUUCUGGCAUAAAGGUUGCGGCGGCAACAAUAAUCAAUUUACAGCGGCGGAAAAUUGCUGGAAGACAUGCGCAGAGCUUCAAAGUGAAAUUCAAAAACCGCUUGCUGCUGUUGGUACGCUUCAUUUCGUGUGA